AUGGGAAUCAGCAGUGCUGGGGAAGCUCAGAAAUCACCUAAGAAGCGCCGUGACAAAGGCCCCGCUACUUGCUCUGCUGCUGAUUCCGGAGCCUCAAACAGCGAACAGAAGGAAGGGCGGCCGGUCUCUGCAUUCUGCGUAGCCGCCGUAGAGUCAGACGCGGCUGGGAGGAACAGCAAAGUGGCAGCUCGAUUGCUUUCUCGCAACAGAAGUUUGGACUCCGAGGAGCUCUCAGAAUAUCUGUGGAGAUCGAACAAAACCAUCGCCAAAUGUGCAGCUUCCAACAAUGCGAUAUUAGAGGUAUAUAGCCUACCAAAUGGGACGUCUUUGGACGCAGGAUGUGGUUGCUUCGUUGCACCUUUCACAGAAACGGAAGCAGGCGUUGCAACCUUCAUCGUUGCAGGUGCAGCAGCAGGCGAAGUUGUGGCCCUCAGGCCUCACAAGAGGAGCAGCGGCACCGAUUCACAGGCGGCGCUUCCCCUACCAACCACAGCGUUGAAGAUCGCUGCGCGCGCCGAGGUUGGGGGCCAUUUACUGAUGCUGCUGCCAUUGCGCACGAUGCAGAAAGAGCAGGAGUACGAUGAUGAGCAGGAACAGAAGUUAUUGCAGCGGCACCCGGAUGCUAUACUCGCCAUUAGUUUGGUGCUGCCGAAGGAGUUACAAAGCAACGGCGUCACCGAGAAACAGCCAGUCCUUCUAUGCUCGUUGCUUGAGCCGAAGACAUUGGAGGAGCAGAUGCUGUCUCGCCUGCUGCUGCCGACAGCAGCAGCUGCGGCUGCUGCUGCAGGCUCGCUGCAGAUCGAAGCAGUGCAGCUGCAGUCUACAACAAAAAUUUAUUCAGGUGUAGGGGAUUUGUCACGGGUGCUUCUUGUGGUUGCUGUACCAGGGGUGGGUGUUUUCUACGGCUCCUUGGCCGUGAAGGGUGCAUUGUUCGACGGAAAAGGCAACAGUAGCGGCAGCUGCCUGAACAGCAGCAGUGAAGAUGCGCCUGUGCUACAAGAGCUCUGUUUGGGCGGCCAAGCCCCGCGUUCCAUAAGCUGUUUGCAGGCAACAUCUAGUUCAGCAGGAACCACAGCUGCUGCUGCCGAGCCCGUGCUGCUUGUGGAUUCAGUCCAAGGAGAGCUGCUUGCUUUUGGUUUUGACGGCGUUUUUGAAGGCCGUCUUCGCUGCCUGAAACGCAGCCGGCGUUUACUGCCUCUAGCACAAGCAGCGCCUAAAGGAAUAAAGAAAGCGACAAUAGCAGGUGGCAGUAUCCUGCUGUCUUCUGCCUGCUGUUUAGAGUGGUCUGCAGUAACAGCAAUAGAAACAGCCCAAGAGACGGGAGUUGGUGCUCUAUGGUACCAGUCGAUGUGGCACCAGCAGCAGCCGCAGCGCCAGCAGCCUCUUUCACUGCUAUGGGCCUGUGAGGGGAAAUCGUUUAUUACACGCUGCUCUUCACCAGCGCCUGCAUUGGCGCAAGCUGUCGCAGCCGGAAUAUCGAGCAACGUUAUUGUUGGCCAGCACCGGCAACUCAUACAGCAGCAGCUGCGUCAAAUUUUCGACCAGCAGCAACAGAAGAUAGUGGAGCAGCUGCUGCAGCUGCCCAGACAGCCUUUGAGCCCAGAGGCCCUGCAGAAGAGCUUUGGUCUCUUCAUAAAAUCUCCAGAGACGAGGCGGCUGAUGGAGGAGGCGAUCUGCCUGUUACUACAUGCGCAGAUAUUGGCUCCUCACCGCACUGUUGUGGAGCUGCUGAUACAGUUCGAGUUAGAAACGGCUGCGGCUUGCGCUUGCUGUUGUCCGUCCUUGCGGGAGGAAAAUGCGGCGUUGCUUGUGCAGUGGAGACCCCAGCUGCUGCGAGUGCUGCUGCGCCAUGCGCAGCACUUUCAGGCCUCAUUACUGGCGGAAAGCCUGCUGCAUUUACAGACGCAACAGAAGCAAAAACAGAACAUGCAGCGGAAUGUCGCAGAGUCGCUGUUGAGACAAUUGGUUGAUUGGUUGCAGCAACAAUACUGCAAAGACGUGGGACCAGAGCAGCAGUCGGAGGGUUUUUCGCAACAGCAGCUAGAACGAAAACAGCAAGAGGAGCCGCCACUGCCGCUGGCUGUUUUGCUUGACCUUGCACGUGGAUUCAUUGACGCAUUUCUCCCUCAACAAGUCGAGCUGCUGCUGCAGCAGUUCAGCAGGCAGGAGGAGCAGAAGCUAGAAGGAAAAAUUGUGGCUGUUCUGAACUCCAGAUUAACACCUCAAGAGCUAGCAAUUGGCCUUGGUGAUGAAGAAUUUGACCUGCAAGCGGUGUUGGCAGGAGUUCGUUCACUGCGGUACGCUAGAACAAAGGAGAUUCAGUAUAGGGGGCUCAACUGGCCUUCGAACUGCAACCCCGAAGAGGGUGCAGCCGAAGAGGCGGCUACACCGCAUUCGUAG